UCCGUCGACAAAGCCGAGCAUGUCCGUCCAAAAUGCCACCUUCUCACACCACUUCUCUCCACGUGGCUGCUGAGAUCCGGUGCCGGUGCCCAUUGGUUGACAAACCAAAUAUCUCUUGAGCCAAAAAAAAAACCCUUAAUUCUUAAUAUAUAUUAUUAUAUGUAGUGAUAUGCCGUGUUAAUGUCAAUUUGGGUUUAAAAUAAGAUUGACCCACGUUAGGAUAAGUUAGUUGGGGAAUGAGGGAGAGACUACGGCCUGCUUGAGAGUGAGACUUUGCUUUGGUUUAGUCAUUUUUAGACACUUAAAAAAAAAAUAGUUAUAUUUGUGGCUUUCUGUGGAGCUGUAUUGAAAGUGACCCCUGCUUCUUCUUCAUCAUCUUCUUCUUCCUUAUCUACCUCACCUUCGUCUUCUUCUGUAUUCUCUCUCUCACUUCUUUUUUCAUUACACUUUAGAGAGAAAACCAAGAGCAAAAGAUGGGAAAUUGCCAGGCCAUUGAUGCUGCAGCACUGGUGAUACAACACCCAUGUGGGAAAAUAGAUAGGCUGUAUUGGCCUAUAAACGCAAGCGAGGUGAUGAGGUUGAACCCUGGUCACUACGUGUCUUUGAUUAUCCCAUUGCCGGUUUCAGACCAAGAUAAUGAUGUUGAUAACAAUAAAGAGAACAACAAUAAUCAACAAGACCAGAUCAAAACUGUGCGUUUCACUCGGGUCAAGCUUCUUCGUCCCAACGAGACUCUUGCUCUUGGCCAUGCUUAUCGCCUCGUUACAACUCAAGAGGUUAUGAAAGUGUUACGAGCAAAGAAGUAUGCAAAAGCCAAGAAACAACAGCUGGAAUCGGUUGAAAAGUCAGAAUCUGCUGCUGCAGAGAAUAAUGAGAGUUCGAGUUGUGAUACAGAAGAGAGUUCUGAAAAGAAAACUUCUAAGGCCACGAAAUCUGAGGGACACAGACAGAGGAUGUCAUCAACAAAUGCAAGUGCAAUGAGAUCGAAAUCAUGGCGUCCAUCGUUACAGAGCAUCUACGAAGCUACCAGCUGAAACUAGCUUCAGAAACUCCCAUGGCUUAAGCUAAAUCAUCCACUGGCCUCAUUUCCAGAAGCUCUUCACAGUAGGAGUUUUCAAACAUGAAUGAGACAAAGAGAGAUCUGUUACUAUUCAACAUCAUCAUCAAUCAUUGAAAUGAAAAUAGAAAUAGUUCUAGUCCAACAGAUCAGUAACCCAAAUUCAAACCCUCCAUGUUCAAAGUAAAUUAAUAAAUAUAUAUAUAUAAUCUGUAUAGCUACAAAAUUGCUAUGAAUUGAUGGAGUAAAUUUUGUGAUGAUGAUUAACUUGGUUCUUUUAUUUUUUUUUA